AUGCAAAAUAUUACGUCACAUGAACUGCUUAAUCAAACAACAACAACAUCAUCAGAUUCUUCAUUAUUAUUAUUUUCACCAUCAACAUAUGAUAAUAGUCCAUUACUUGAUUCAUUAGUAAAUAUGACAAUCAAACGAAAACGCCAAGAUAAACAUUCAUAUAUAAAUGAGAAGAAUAAUAAUACACCAAUUUCAAAACGUUUUCAUAAUAGUACAAAUGACAAUGAGAAUGUAUUAGAUGACAAUAUUGUUAUAGAAAACAAAACAUUAACAUAA